AUGCCUCGUGCCAACGACCCCACCUCCAAGGUCUUCUACAAGGGCUCCUCCGAUGACUUCAUCGUCUUCGUCGACGACGCCCAGGCCCUCAACAACUGGCGCAAGGACCGUUCCAUUCCGCUGGCGGAUGUGCUGAACGGCUGGAAGAUCUUCACGACCCACAGACACGGCGCCCAGGGCGUCCUCGACGGCGCCAGCAAGGCGAGCCUCGAGAACGAGUUCGGGACUUCCAACGAAGACGACGUCGUCACGAAGAUUCUGGAGAACGGUGAAUUCCAGACCACUGGUUCCAAGGAGAACGUGGGUGAUACGAACUUCCGCAACGGAUCGGGAGGCAUGACUCGGUAA